AUGACUAUUUAUGAAGGUAAUAAUUUAGAAUAUGCUAUUUCGCCAAAGCUUCUUCCUGAUAUUUAUGAAAUAGUUCCUGUAACUUAUGAUGAGACUAUAUUUUAUACUAACAAUGGUAUAAAGAAGUCAAUUGGACGUCUUAAACUUUCAGAAUAUGAAUGUGAUAUAAAUAGUCAACUUCCUAACAAUUUAUAUCUUAAAUAUACUGAAUCUUGUGUUACUAUCUAUUCAGAUUCAAAUCAGAAUGUACUAUUUAUGUUUAAUAAUAGUAGCAAUUAUGGUGCAUUUGCAGAAGAUGCUUUAUUAGUCUCAUGA